AUUACGGUUGUCGCAUCGCACAGUAGAAUUGGAACGAUCCAGGCAGACGGACCUGAAGAAAACAACAAUCCCGAAUCGCCGAAGAAGAAGCACAACAACUUAAGUUAAGUAACAAUGGACGCAACCAUAGAAGACGUGAUGAAGAUCGUGGACACCUUUCAGCAGCAGGAGAACUUCACUUACAACGAAAUGGCAGGAUUGGUUCGGAUGGCGAUAGACACGUACGGGAAUAUUUUAGAUAGGAUUAGUGAUCCAAGGACGACGGAUUGGCCCUUGAUGAACAGCCCUAUACCGACUAUAGUGAUGGUCCUGGCGUACCUCUACACCGUGAUAUUCCUGGGUCCCAGACUCAUGGCGAACAGAAAGCCCUUCAAGUUGAGAGAGGUCCUCGUCCUUUACAACGGCGGUCAAGUGCUCUUCAGCUUGUACAUGCUCUAUGAGCAUUUGAUGAGCGGAUGGUUCUUUGACUACAGCUACAAAUGUCAACCAGUGGAUUACUCCAACAGCGAGAAAGGAAUGAGGAUGGCCACGCUCUGCUGGUGGUACUACAUUUCGAAACUCUCCGAAUUCGCCGACACAGUUUUCUUCGUGAUGCGAAAGAAAGACAGCCAAAUCACCCUCCUCCAUCUCUACCAUCACAGUCUGACCCCGUUGGAGACUUGGGUCUUGGUUAAAUUCGUAGCCGGCGGUCAUGGCACGUUCUCCAAUCUGAUCAACAACCUGGUGCAUGUGAUCAUGUACUUCUAUUACAUGGUAUCGGCGAUGGGUCCGGAUUACCAGAAGUACCUUUGGUGGAAGAAACAUUUGACCACUAUCCAAUUGACCCAAUUCUUCUUCGUGUUCAUACAUUCGGCCCAGAUCCUAUUCGUGGACUGCGGAUAUCCGAUGUUCCUGGGCGCCCUUCUCCUCCUGCACUCCGCAAUCUUCUUCGGCCUCUUCUCGCAUUUCUACUACCAAACCUACAACAGGAACAAAGCCAUCAAGAAAGAUUAGGUUUCUUUCGGUGAACACACACAUAAUAAUUGGAGAGAGGAAAUCAGGUUUAAGCCAAAUUACGUUAAUCAAUCGCAAAAGACUUUUUAUAUCUAUAUAUAUAUAUAUUUACACAUACACAAACAGUUGUCGUUUAAUUACCUCAAUGCAAAUUGUAAAAAUUUGAAAUAUAGGAGUGGAUAGGAGAUGAAAACGCGCGAUACGUUCAUUUAUUUAAAAUAAUCAGCAAUAUCCAAAGAAGAUUUGAUACAGACGUGCGUUUUCUUUGUAUCUCUUAUACACAUAUUGAACAACUCGCAGAUUGUUAAAAUACCAUUAAAAUACUAAAAGAAUGAAAGAGAAACAGCUCGAAAGACUGACGUUAUUUUAGCAAACUGCAGCAAACAAAUUGAGUAUAGCAGAGUUUCUCAAUCUAUGGAUUAAUUUUUGACAGCUGUCAACUGUCACCUUACGUCAAACUGAUUGGAUUGGAUUGUAGUAAUUAAUAGUGUAAAAAAACAAUACUCAUCAAAUUUUACGUAAAUCAUGUAAUGAUUGUUAUAAUAACGAUAUUUUAGCGAACUGCAACAAACAAAUUCAGUAUGACAAAGUUUCUAAUCUAUAGGUUAAUUUUUGACAGCUGUCAACUGUC